AUGGAUAUUACAUCAGAGAUGGAUGAAGCCUUAAGCCUUGUUUAUGAAAUUUGCCCACAAAUCCAAUUCGUAACUUGGUCCUGUUGUCAGAACAGGUGUGUACUCCUUGGGGUGAGCUGUGGUGCAAACAUAGCUGACUAUGUGGCCAGGAAGGCUGUAGAAGCAGGAAAGCUUUUGGAUCCUGUGAAGGUUGUGGCUCAAGUUCUCAUGUAUCCUUUCUUCAUGGGGAGUGUUCCCACGAAUUCGGAAAUUAAGCUGUCGAAUUCCUACUUCUACAACAAGCCUAUGUGCUUACAAGCAUGGAAACUUUUCCUACAUGAGGAUGAGUUCAACUUAGAUCACCCUGCUGCCAACCCUCUUAUCCCAGGGAGAGGUCCACCUCUGAAGCAGAUGCCCCCAACACUGACAGUUGUUGCAGAACAUGACUGGAUGAGGGAUCGAGCCAUUGCUUACUCAGAAGAACUACAGAAGGUUAAUGUAGAUGCGCCCCAUCUUGAUUACAAGGAUGCUGUGCAUGAGUUUGCUACUCUUGAACUUCUUCUGCAAACACCGCAAGCCCUGGCCUGUGCAGAAGACAUUGCUAUUUGGGUCAAGAAAUAUAUAUCAAUAAGAGGCCAUGAGUUUUCAUACUGAACGGAUUAGUAGGCAGAGGAGCUAGCAUGGUUUUUGUGCGUUGAGGGGUUGGCCGAGUUGUCUGUUUUAAGGCAAGGUCUUUCGAAACCUGUUCUUUCCUUGUAAAGCAUGAUGUGUUUGUCUGUUUAUAAUAGAUUAGGAGAUUCCAUUGAACUUUGAGAUGCAUUAUUUCCCUCCUUGUUAAAGGUCUUCUGGGAACCUUAAUUUGAUUUAUUCAUAUUCUUUCCCAUACCAUUUUGACGUCUUAUAUCUGUUGUAUACGCAUUCGCUGGCGACAGAAUUAUUUAUUAGAGCAAGCCAUGCGACCUAAAAGGUUGUUUUUCUCGGUGGACAAUGGUGAUAGCGAUGAAUAAAUUAAACUGCAUGAUAGCAAAACCUGAGCUGGCCGCCGGCUAACAUAUGCACCUGAUCAUCAUUUUUUUAUUUUCUUCUUGUAACUAAGCACAUAAACUAUACAUACUAAAUCGAACAUUUAAUAGAUUGAGUCUCCAUC